AUGGGUGUGCCAAAGUUCUUCCGCUGGCUGAGUGAGCGGUAUCCCGCCAUUUCACAGCUGAUUGCUGAGAACCGCAUACCCGAGUUCGACUGCCUCUAUCUCGACAUGAACGGUAUCAUUCACAAUUGCACGCACAAAGACUCGGAUUCUCCUACAUUUCGCAUGACGGAAGAUCAAAUGUUUAUUGCGAUAUUUAACUACAUUGAGCACUUGUACGGGAAAAUUAAGCCCAAGCAGCUCUUUUUCAUGGCCAUUGAUGGAGUUGCCCCUCGUGCCAAGAUGAAUCAGCAGCGCUCCAGACGAUUUCGCACUGCUCUCGACGCCGAGAUGGCAAAGGAGAAGGCCAUUGCGCAGGGCAUUGAGAUGCCUAAAGAGGAUGCUUUUGACAGCAAUUGCAUCACACCGGGAACCGAAUUCAUGGCGCGAUUAACCCAACAACUGAAAUAUUUCAUCAGCAAGAAGAUCUCAGAGGAUGUGGAUUGGCAAGGCGUGGAUAUAGUCCUCUCCGGCCAUGAAGUUCCGGGAGAAGGAGAACAUAAGAUUAUGGAGUAUAUCCGCCAAGCCAAGGCGCAGCCUGGCUAUGACCCAAACGUGCGCCAUUGUUUAUAUGGAUUAGAUGCGGAUUUGAUUAUGUUGGGACUUCUCAGUCAUGACCCACACUUCUGUCUCCUGCGUGAAGAAGUCACCUUUGGCAGACAAACUCAGAAAAAGUCAAAAGAACUCGAACAUCAAAACUUCUAUUUGUUGCAUCUCUGCAUUGUUAGGGAGUACUUGGAGUUGGAAUUUCAGGAAUUAAGGGAGAACCCUGACCUUGGCGUUGUUUACGACAUGGAACGAAUCAUUGAUGAUUUUAUUUUGAUGGCCUUCUUCGUUGGCAACGAUUUUUUACCUAAUUUACCGUACAUGCACAUCAACGAGGGUGCCCUCGGCUUAAUGUUCAAAAAAUACAAGGAGGCGCUUCCAAAGAUGGGUGGCUACAUCAACGAAGGCGGCAGCAUCAAUUUCCAGCGCUUAGGAAUCCUCCUUGAUGAACUCGCAGAAUUCGAAUUUAGAUUUUUCGAGGCUGAAUAUUCGGAUGCAAAAUGGAUUCGUUCUAAAUCUAAUGGAGUUGUGACUAUGGAGCUUCAAGACGCUCCAAAAUCGUUUACAAUCACACCGUCCCAAAAGAAACUUCUCAAAGACGUGAAGCAAUACGUUCUUAACCGCCCGCCUAGCGCGCAGCAUGCCAAGCCGUUGGAUCUCCCUCCGACACUUCCAGCAAGAGAUCGCAAAUUUGUUGAACAGCUUGCAGAUGAUCUCCGCUUAAUGUGGACGACAAUAACCGACGACCAUGGCGAUCGAUUCAUCCGAUUACAAUUGCCAGGAUCGACCGUGGCCGAUGAGGAAUCAGAAGAGGAGGAUGAAGAAUCAUUAAUGGCUCUUCGGCGAGUGAUUAAAAAAUACGACAAUGCCAAAGUCCAUGAAAUUAGUGCAGAAGAGGUUCAGGCUGCCGCUGAACAGAAAUACGAUGCCAAAUUUCAGGAAUGGAAAGAUAAAUAUUAUACUGAUAAAUUUGGGUUUGGUAUAGAAAAUGAGGUAGAGAUGAAAAAGUUAACCGAAAACUAUGUCCAAGGAUUACAAUGGGUACUGUACUAUUAUUACAGGGGUGUUGUUUCAUGGCCAUGGUUCUUCCAGUACCAUUAUUCGCCGAUGAUUUCAGAUGUCAAGAAAGGCCUCGGUGCAAAUAUUGAUUUCAAGCUGGGGCAGCCUUUCCGGCCGUUUCAACAACUUAUGGGUGUGCUUCCGGACCGCAGUAAAAAAAUUGUGCCAACCGCGUACUGGGACUUGAUGACAUCCCCAGAAUCACCUAUCAUUGACUUCUAUCCUCGUGAUUUUGAACUCGAUAUGAAUGGCAAGAAGAUGGAAUGGGAAGCCGUCGUGAAGAUUCCUUUUAUUGAAGAACAUCGCUUACUUUCUGCGAUGGCGUCGAAGGAUCAUCUUCUAACCCCAGAGGAAAAGGCAAGGAAUGAAUUUGGUGUCUCUCUGAAAUUCACAUACUCUCCAUCGAUUGAGUUCAUAUAUCCAUCCUCUCUUCCUGGAAUCUUCCCAGAUAUCCCUCAUUGCCAUUGUAUUGAGAACAUCUUUGACCUCCCGACAAUGGACGGGCUUGAACCUUGGACGGGCCUUGUUGAUGGCGUCAAGCUUGGUGCAGCUGCAUUGGCAGGCUUCCCGAGUUUGAAGACCUUACCGCACGCCGGACAGCUUGCUUUUCAUGGAGUCAGCGUUUUCCAGCAAGAAAGUCGUAAGGAAAGCAUGGUGGUAACUCUACUCGAUCCUGAAUCAAGAUCGAACGUUGAAGUGGCUAAGAAGAAGCUUGGGCAACGAGUAUAUGUUGGGUAUCCCUUCCUGCAAGAGGCUUUGGUCGUGCGAGUAUCCGACGAACUCUUUGACUACACUCUUCCUGAGGGAGAGCAACACGUUGUCUCCGUUCCACAUUCUCCGCCUCAGAUAGAACAAUGGGUUCGAAAGUCUGACAAGAUUGAAGGCUACUACAGUAAACGGCUUGGAACAAUCAUUGGUUCGGUUGAUGCGAUGGUUCAUGUUCAAAUGCUCAAGGGUCUGAAGAAGAAUGACGAUGGUGCAACGAUAAAGGAGUUUGCGGAUAUUCCAGGACAAGAGACCGAUUAUGCUCUCCAACUAAUUGUCGACAAAGUCAUUAGUGAAGACGAGCGUUUCAUUGAACGUGCAGCCCUGCCAAUCGAAGAAGAAUUCCCAGAGGGCUCCAAAGCCUUUUUCCUCGGAGAAUUCAACUAUGGAAGGCCUGUACAGGUCAUUGGCCAUGAAAAUGGAAAGGUCAAUGGAGUAUUAGCUGCAGUGAAAGGAAAGGAACCCGAGUUCGGGAAGCUCCAUCUUAAGGAAGCAGAAAAACUAUCACCUUACACGCCUUCGUUUGCCAUAGCAAGGAAUCUACAUCUGAAUCCUCUAGUGUUGGCAAAAAUUACUUCGUCAUUCUCCGUCACAAUAGAUGGUCAGCGCGUCAACCUAGGCUUGAAUCUCAAAUUUGAAGCACGAAAGCAGAAGGUUUUGGGUUAUUCGCGCCGUGGAGAAAGUGGCUGGGAGUUUAGUCGAAAAGCCGUCGAGCUGAUCCAGCAAUACAUGAUCAAUUUCCCUGAUUUCAUCGCUGGGAUUCAGCGAAAUCCACAAGGUGACAAAUAUGAGCCUACGGAUUUCUACCCCAAAGACAUUGCGACAACAAAGAUGACAGAAAUUAGAGACUGGCUCAAGUCAAUCGAGGCGAAACAUUUCGAAAGGGUUCCCCUUGAUGCCGAACAACUUGACUCCGAUAUUGUCAAGCUUAUUGAACUAGACGCGGAUCGCUUACUACAAAGCCAACCACAGCCCGAAAUCAAGAAGCUCAAGGGCGUUCCACGACAGGCUCUUCUCAAACCUGCUGAUGUCGAGCAUCGACUUGGGAACCAGAGAUUUGCGCUGGGAGACCGUAUUGUAUACGCACAAGAUUCCGGCAAGGUGCCAAUCGCCACGCGAGGAACUGUUGUAGGCCUCACACGUACACCCCAAACAGUUCUUCUAGAUGUUGUCUUUGAUGUAUCGUUUAUGAGCGGAACCUCAAUUGGUGACCGGUGUUCUCCAUUCAGGGGACAGACCGUUCCAGUACAUUCCGUCCUUAACCUUUCCUAUCGACAACUUGUUGCUGGCACGCGAGCUGCAACAACCCAAAAAACUCAAAAAGAAUCGACGAAUGUGGGAUACGGUGCUCCGCUAGGACCGAGUGGACUGGGACAGCUGAAGGAGGCACAAGCCCCCCCUCCACUGAGAGGUUCUUACCGUGGCGCUAUUUCUGGACACCAAAGCGGUCAUGCCACAAACAAUAUCCGUGGUGGUAGAGGCAAGACGAAUGGAAACGUAAACAACACUUCCAUAAACUUACCAUUACGCCCACAUCCUAAUGUAGAUGGUCAGUUAAAUGGCGGUAUUGCUCGGGGAGGACGAGGUCGUGGUCGUGGGGCUCGUGGCCAGGGCCACACUAGAGCAGGUUAUGUCUCUGUCGAGAAUGGGCACCAAGACGAGGGGAUAAUUCAAAACAACCCGAAUUUCAGACCACAGCCCUACAAUAGAGUUCCACCUCCUGCUGAUCUCAAUGCGGGAGGGGGUCAAGGUCAGACUACUGGAAACCGUGGAGGUAAUUCUCGGGGACGGGGUAGGGGUGGCAGAGGAGGGAAACGGGGAACCGCUUAA